AUGCGUCGUCUGGCUCGUUGCCUAACCGCCAUGGUUUAUUCGUAUUCCCUGCUAUUGGGUGUCAUAGCCUUUACCUAUGACAUCGAUACGGGUCAAGUAGAAAAGCGUACAGUCCUAACCAUCUACUGUUGUCUGAUGAAUAUCCUAACCCUCUCAUGUGUCGUACAUUUUGCUCAAAAUUUGGAAAUAAACUUGGAUUCUUCCGGCCAACCAGUUCUACAUCACAAAAUAUUGGUUGUCCUGACGAUAAUACGAAUUAUUGGCGUCCUGUUGACCUUGGCAAGUAAUUGGAUGCGCCGUCGUGAUUUCAUAUAUAACCUCAAUGCAUUUAGAGAUUUUCGUGAACGUUACCUGCGAACGCAUCGCAUCCCUCCGAAGCAUUCGGAAUAUGUUAAUCGACAAGUUUGUAUGAAAUUUUGCAUUGGCGGUCUGUGUGAGGUCAUCAUGUUCUAUGGAACGGUUCAGAUAAUGCGUCAACGUUUUGAAAUUCACAAUCCCGUCGUUCUCACGGUACUGGGUCUAAUGUCCACCGUAUUGAAUUUAAUGGCUGGUCAUUAUUUUUUCAUUGCCAUGAAUAUUCAAUUUUUAUUUCGAAUUAUGAACGAUGAAUUAGCCGAUCAUCUGGGUACCAUGGAGGCACUAUUUCACCUGCACAAUACCUCGCGCAUAGGUCAGGGACUGUUGAGUAUACGCUGUUGCCAACUAUCCGAUCAAAUUGAUGAAUUGCGCCGCAACCACAUGGAACUGCAACUGCUGUGUGAGCGCAUCAAUCGCAUGUUCUAUCUCCAGGGUUCGUGUGUCUUCUUGAUUCUCUAUCUGAACAAUAUUUGUGUUUUCUACAUCGUCUAUAUGUGGAUUCAGCAGGUGGAUUUGGGCCCUGAAUUUAGUCAGUCGAUUUUAAUUUUUCUGCCAAUAGCUUCGCUGCUGUACUAUGCCGAUGGUGCCAUACUGAUACAUCACAUUCUAAGAUAUAUCGCUCUCGUCGAUAUGCCGGGUCAAAUGAUAAGGGAGUCCAAGGCAUGGUUACCCAUAUUGGAUAAGCGGUUGGAAGAGAGUGUUUUGAUGUUCUCCCUAAAAAUGGCAGCAUUUCCAGUUAGUCGGGACUUAAUUCAUCUGUUCGAUGUUACCAGGCCCAUGGUGUUUGCCUCCAUCGCAUCCACCCUGUCUAAUGCGAUUGUGUUAAUGCAAUAUGACUAUAAAUAUAAUAAAAAAUAA